AUGGGCGUUGGCGUUGGCGCCGGCGUGGGUAUGGCUGCGCCUAAACAGAACGCUGGCUGCCUGCAAUUCCCUCCGCCGCCGGACUACCCGCCGCCGGCUGCGACUAGUCCGCUGCACAAAUCCGCUGGCAGCUCGCCGAUUGCCGUCGCGGCCAUUGUUAGCAGCAGCCUGGGCAGCUGCGUGGGCGUGGCCAGCGGCAUGGCCGUGAAUGGCAACGGGCGUCGCCAGCUGUUGCCGCGCUAUCCGGAUCCCGAUCCCGAUGCGAUCGAAAUCUGUAACGAGCAGCCGGACCUGACGCCGCAUCAUCAGCUCAAUCAGGUGAUUGGACGCCAGAGCAAGACGCUGGGCCGCGAUGGCAGCGAAACGGCUGCGGUCAAAUGGAAUGCACUGCAGCCGGCGAGCAGUCUGAAUCAUAUGCAUCAUCAGCAGCACGAUUACUCGUAUGCCUAUUACGAGCCGGGCGCCGCAAUGCGCCACUCAAAUGUGCCCAAGCCGGAGGGCGGCGGAGCAGCUGGCGGCUCUGCGGGCGCCAAUGCCAGCUGCUGUACAGCGGCGCAGUCACAGGCUCAGGCCCAGGCUGGCCCGCCACCGCCCAACUCCAUACGCGCGCUGCUCUCCAAGGGCAAGAAGAACAAGCAGCUGGUCUCGCCAGCCACGCUGCAAUCGUACCAGACGCGUUACCACAAGCUGACCACGGCGAGCAGCCAAAGCGAGAACUUCUACGAGGAGAUCAAUGCGGCGGCCCUGCAAUCCUCAGCGGCCACAGGUAAGACGCUGGCGCAGCCACAGCCACGGUCACAGCCACAGCAGUUGGGCUGCAGCGUCGGUUCGCAUUCGGCGGGCUCGCUCAGUCAGACGCUCGUCGAGGAGGAGCUGCGUCGCGUGCAGCAUCGCCAUCACAAGAUACUCGGGGAGCUGAAUCUCAGCGUUGAGGCCAUGCUCAUGCCAGAAAGUCCGCCCAAAUGCAGUCCACCUGCUGUUACUGCUGUUGUUUCUGCUGCUGGCGGCAGCGGCACGUCCCCCAAGCCCAGUCCGACCGUGUGCGUAACGGCGACCAGUGGACAGCCGGCAGUGCUGGCCAGGCUGACCUCCACUUCGGCGGACAAUAUCUGUGAUAGCAGCGAUCGUGCCACCGCCGGCGGCUAUGAUGAAGCGCAGAUUGCCGCAGUUGGGGGCGCUUCGAAUUCCAGUAUUUUGGCACGUGCCUCCUGCGGCCGCCGCAUUCUAAGCUGUGCUCGCAUACGCGCCGCCGAAGAUCCCGGACCCAGUGUGCCCACCGAGUCGAAGGCGCGCAGCUUCUGGAAUCGCAAGGGCUGGCGCAAAUUGCCCGGCUUCUCCACAUCCACCUCCAGCAUCAAUGACACGGGUCUCUCAGACAAGCACGACAGCUCCAGCUCCAGCUCCAGCUCCAGCAUCAGCUCCAGCAUCAGAGCUCCAGAUGCAGGUCCAGUUUUAUGCCAGGCCGAGCACAACAAGUAA